AUGCCGAGCCCAACAAAGAAGCGGAAGCUUAACGACCAAUCCUCAUCCGCAACACCGUCGAGGGGUCUAGAGUACUUCUUCUCAAAACAAAGACAAAAUGGCAACUCAAAGCCAACGGAGACUGGAAAAGAAACACCGGAAGCCACAGUAAAUGGUACUGGAUCAAAUAGCGAGCAUUCUGUAUUGACAGAUGAGGAGCUGGCAAGGAAACUUCAAGCAGAGUGGGAUGCCGAAGUGCAGAAUGAGAGGGCUGCCUCAACACCAUGCCCUGAGCCUGCAAAAGACCCGACCCCGCAGGUUAGGGAAGAAGAAGAUGCGCCAGAAUCUGCUGUUGAACUCUCAAAACCAAUUUCCAUUCUUCCACAGGCUCCAAAGAACACUUUGUCGUUGUCUUCGGUAGCUAACGCCGAAGAUACCGUAUCAACGACUAUUCCAUUGGAUCAAAGCCCUCUGACCUUUGACCCAUCAGAGUUCAUUCCUCAACUCAAAGAGCACUGGGAUACAGAUGGUGGGCAUGCUUCGUAUGCCUUCUUGACUAGAUGCUUUGUCCUUGUGAAUGGUACGCAAAGCCGAAUCAAGAUUGUAGAUACCCUCGUCAACUGCAUCAGAGUCUUGAUCGAGGCAGAUCCAGAUAGUCUGCUACCAGCUGUGUGGCUUGCCACAAAUGCUAUCUCGCCUCCUUAUAUUUCUUUAGAGCUUGGCCUGGGCGGGUCAGCAAUAUCCAAGGCACUUAAACAAGUCUGCGGUUUAGACAGUCGAGCUUUGAAAACUAUAUACGACAAGUAUGGCGAUGCCGGCGAUGUAGCUUUCGAGGCAAAGAAGAAGCAGAGCUUCACUUUGCGCAAACCAAAACCGCUCACGAUCAAGGCCGUCUAUCAAUCUCUGGUCAAAAUCGCCAACAGUCAAGGCCAGGGUAGUGGGGAAGCCAAGCAGAGGAUAGUUGACCGGCUUCUGCAAGAUGCUAGGGGCGGCGAAGAAAGUAGAUAUAUCGUGCGGACGCUAUGCCAGCAUUUGCGUAUCGGCGCAGUGAAAACCACUAUGUUGAUCGCGCUCUCAAGAGCGUUUAUGCUUUCGCGUCCACCAGGAGCUGACUUCCCCUUGCGAUCUGUGAAGGAUCUGCAAAGGCUGAAGAAAGAGGAGCUGGCUGAGGUGUGGAGUAGGCCAGAAGAAAUAGUGAAGGCCUGCUUUGCCCGACGGCCAAACUACAAUGACCUUGUGCCGGUUUUGUUAGAAAUUGGCGUUUGCGACGAGUUACUCCUACGUUGCGGGCUGACUCUACACAUUCCGCUGAGGCCCAUGCUGGGUAGCAUCACCCGCGACCUCUCCGAAAUGCUCACUAAACUUCAGGGAAGAGACUUUGCAUGCGAGUUCAAAUACGAUGGCCAGCGCGCCCAAAUUCACUGCGACGAUAAGGGCAAAGUGACUAUAUUUUCUCGGCAUUUGGAACUUAUGACCGACAAAUAUCCGGAUUUGGUGGCACUAAUGCCGAAGAUCCGUGGUGAAGGGGUAGAAAGCUUCAUUAUGGAAGGCGAAGUAGUUGCGGUGGAUAGAGAGACUGGAGAGAUGAAGAACUUCCAGACUUUGACCAACCGCGCCCGUAAAGAUGUUGCACUUGGCAGCAUUCAGGUUGAUGUCUGCAUGUUUGCAUUCGAUCUUAUGUUCCUGAAUGGCCAGCCUCUUCUGGACAGAUCCUUCAGAGAAAGACGCGAGCUCCUGCGCUCGAUGUUUACUGAAGUUCCCCACCAGUUCACCUGGGUUAGAAGUCUGGACGCAACAUCACAAGAUGCCGAUGCUGUGCUGGACUUCUUCAAACAGGCAACGGAUAUCAAGUGCGAAGGCAUCAUGGUCAAGAUUCUAGACAAUCUGACCGAUGUCCCAUACCAGGGUGAUGACACAGCCGAAGCCGAAAUAGACAUCGCCGAAGAACCAAGGACGCCUUCCAAGUCGAAAAGGGGUAAAUCCGGCAAAGAUGAAGAAGCAGGUCCCAAGAAGAAAGGUCGUCGCAAGCCCCUCCUCGCUACAUAUGAGCCCGACAAACGUCUCGACUCAUGGCUUAAGGUCAAAAAGGAUUACAGCUCAAGCUUCGAUACACUUGACAUGAUCCCAGUAGCAGGCUGGCACGGUCAAGGCCGCAAAGCUAAAUGGUGGUCACCAAUUCUUAUGGCCGUCCGAAACGAGGACAGCGGGUCCCUCGAAGUCGUCUGCAAAUGUAUGUCCGGUUUUACAGAUGCAUUCUACAAGGCCAAUAGAGAUUUUUACGACGACGGAGAGACUACGGGCGAGCGGAGGAACACGCGAACAACGAAGCCUGCUUUCGUCGAGUACUCCGGGCCGGAACCUGAUGUAUGGUUCGAGGCACAGGAAGUGUGGGAAAUGGCAUUUGCGGACAUCACACUGAGCCCAACUUAUACUGCUGCCAUUGGACUGGUGAGCGAGGAUCGUGGCCUGAGUUUGCGGUUUCCGAGGUUCUUGAAGAAGCGUGAGGACAAAAGUCUUGAUGAGGCAAGCACAAAUGAGUUUCUUGCUGGGCUAUGGAGAAAGCAAGAAGCGAAGACGCCGUCGAAGGAGGGUACGGUUGAUGAUGUUAAUGAGUAUGAGGAGUGA